GGUGAAUAACCAUACAGUGACGCGUAACGUGAGUCACAGUAGUGCACGAGUCUCUGUGCAGUUCUGUGUUUCGUGGCAUUUCCUGGAGUAGAAGAUUUAUAUUAAUCAGGGUUACCAACAUGUCCUCCCGCAAAACUGCCGGCCGUCGUGCAACGACAAAGAAGCGCGCGCAGCGUGCAACGUCCAAUGUUUUCGCUAUGUUCGAUCAAGCUCAGAUUGCUGAAUUUAAAGAAGCUUUCAACAUGAUCGAUCAAAAUCAUGAUGGUUUCAUUGAUAAAGAAGAUCUCCACGAUAUGCUUGCUUCUUUAGGUAAAAAUCCUACCGACGAAUAUCUGGAGGCCAUGAUGAACGAAGCUCCAGGACCAAUCAAUUUUACAAUGUUUUUAACGUUGUUCGGUGAAAGACUUCAAGGUACCGACCCGGAGGACGUAAUUAAAAACGCGUUCGGUUGUUUCGAUGAAGAAAAUACUGGUCAUAUAAACGAAGAACGCCUUCGGGAAUUGCUUACGACAAUGGGGGAUAGAUUUACGGACGACGAUGUGGACGAGAUGUAUCGCGAAGCUCCUAUUAAAGGAUCGAUGUUCGACUACAUCGAGUUCACACGGAUCUUAAAACAUGGAGCUAAAGACAAAGACGAGCAGUGAGAAAACUGUGGAAUCAUCUAUUCUUCGUAUUUGUGUGAUUGAUUGCGCAUAACGCGCGUUUAUAUGGUUGCAAUUGUAAAGUUUGAAAUAUUACUUGUAUUUUGUACAUCUCCUAUUAAUGAGAAUAACUGAAAA